UUUUUUUUUCAGAAUUAUAUUGAAUAUGGCACAAAUGUAAACAUUGCUCAGUAUGAAAACCAGCGAAGACAGACGUUCAAUGGUGUUGGAAAAGUAUAUCCUUACAAUGUACAGGAUAGCCUUCAGUCCGGCUACUCGGUGCAAUUCACAAAUCCUCAGAGUUAUUGUGACACUGUAUGGUAUUACUGCGACUUGCUACAGGAAGUAUUUGGCUGUUUUGUCGGAGCCAAUACUUACAUAACUCCUGCCAAUAAAGCCGGUUUUGCGCCUCACUGGGAUGACAUUGAUGCCUUUCUGCUGCAGUUGGAAGGUCGAAAACACUGGAAGCUCUAUGCACCUCCGGACGAAGAUGGAAUGUUGCCCCGCAUUUCCAGUGAUAAUUUUACUGACGAAGAUGUAGUGGGUCUUAGUCUUAUUUUCGACGAUUGGUUGGAACAAGGCGAUCUACUCUACAUACCGCGAGGCUUCAUCCAUCAGGUACUUCGUAAAAUAUUCUUGGUCGUAAUUGGGAAAAGCAGCGUUGCUUGCCACUGGCAUCGUGCCAGAGACUUAAUUCGUCUUAUGGAUCAAGGGUUCACCGAUAAAACUGUCCAUUCGCUACAUCUUACCGUUAGUGUAUGCCGAAAAGUCACUUAUGCCGAUCUUCUGGAGCGCUUUAUUCCUCCGGCAAUUACUUCGUUUGCCGAACAGAAGAGAAAAAUGCGUGAAUCACUACCAGUUGGUUAUGUGGAGAUGGCUAGUGUGUUGGGCAGUCAGUAUCCAAUUAGUAAAUCCGCCAUCACGAAGUAUGGUCUCUUAAUUUGUACAGCAUUACGUCUACUUUUUUUAAUCGUUUUCUUAUUCUUAUGCGUUUUUUGCAGUUAUGCAAUGUGGAAAAAGCAUUUUGACGAGAGGUCGUCUGUGUGUGUCUGUGUGUGCGCUGCGCGUCUGUACCGAUUUUUCAUCUCGAGACCCACAAAAACUACAGGGCUGAAACUUUGGGGACUUGAUCUACGUACACGUGCGGGCCCCACCCCCAAAAUGGGCGGUCUUACCCGUGUGGUACUCACGUAG